AUGGCGGACCUCGACCUCCAAGAGAUUCACGACACCCUCCUCGACAUUGCGAGCGAGGCGGGCAAGAUGAUCCUGGCCGCUAAUCCGUCGUCUAUCGACCAGGGCACCAAGCUCAACUCCGUCGACAUCGUAACUGAAACGGACCAGGCCGUGGAGAAGAUGGUUUCGACCCGCCUGCAGUCCGCCUAUCCCAACAUCUCCUUCAUGGGCGAGGAAACGUACACUAAGGGCACGCGCCUCGGCCCGGAGCCGACCUUUGUCGUGGACCCCAUCGACGGCACCACCAACUUCGUCCACUCCUUUCCCGACGCCUGCAUCUCCCUUGGUCUGGCCGUCGACUGCGUCCCCGUCGUCGGCGUGAUCUACAACCCCUUCCAGGACCUGUUGUUCACGGGCAUCAAGGGCAAGGGAAGCUACAUGCGCCGCGCGGGCGGCGCGCCUCAGCGACUGCCCCUGGCCAAGAGCCCGAUCCCGCUGCGGGGGCUUGACGGCGCGCUGCUGGCGUGCGAGUGGGGCUCGACGCGCGACGGGCCCAACUUCGAGCUCAAGGCCGAGACGUUCAAGAAGCUGGCGGCGACCAAGGAGACGGGCGGCGCCAUGGUGCACUCGAUGCGCGCGCUGGGAUCCGCGGCGCUGAGCCUCGCCGCCGUCGCCGCAGGCCAGCUGGACGCGUACUGGGAGGGCGGCUGUUGGGCAUGGGACGUGUGCGCCGGCUGGUGUAUCCUCACCGAGGCGGGCGGCAUCAUGGUCGGCGGCAACCCGGGCGUCUGGGAGCCUGCCGUGGACGAGAGGGUGUACCUCGCCGUGAGGGGCGCGCCGGCCGGACAGAGGGAGAUUGUGGAGGAGUUCUGGAAGGUGCUAGACGGGAAGAGUCUGGACUACUCGGUCUAG